AUGAGGGGCCGCGAGUUCUCGGGGGAAGCCGCCGCCGCAGCGCAGGACUACAAGGCUUGGAAGAAGCGGGCGAGAGCACGGCUCCUGGUUGAGAAGGGGCGCGGCGGGAUGCCCGAGACAUGCGGGCCCAUGCUCUACACCCUCCUGGAGGGCAUCGCCGCGGGCGUGCUGGAGCACGUGGGGCUGGGGGAGCUGGCCGUCGAGAACGGAGAGGAGAGGCUCUUCGAGGUGCUGGACUCGCGCUACCCCGAGCGGGGGGCGGCCGACCGGGUCGGCGAUGCGCUCGAGUCCGCGUUUGGCCUGAAGCUCGAGAAGGCGGAGUUGACGAGUGCCUACGUCGGCCGGGCGCAGACCAUCUUCCUGAAGGCGAAGAAGGAAAGCGUCGAGAUCCCCGACGUCGCCCAGGGCGUCCUCCUCUUGCGAGGGGCUCGUCUCGGUGGCGAUCGUCGCGCGGUGGCCCUGGUGGCCAGCGAGCGCCAGUGGACGUUCGACAAGCUGGCGCAGGCGCUGAUGACGGUCUACCCGAGGAUGCUGCCGGAGCACGGCGUGCACAUGGUCGAGGGGGGCCCCGCUUGUGGAGAGGUCGUCGAGGAGCUCAACAGCGCCGAGGAGGUGGGCGUUUUCCUGGCGGAAGUCGAGCAGGACCGGGCGGAGCCGCUGGAGGAGGACGAGGCCAUCCAGGUGCUGGCGAUCUGGAAGGAGACGCGCGCUGCCGUCGCUGUGGAGCGCAAGAAGCGCGGCCUCCCACCACCUCCGGCACCAGACCUGAAGAAGUUCUCGUCGCGUGUCCGGUGCUGGGCCUGCCGUCAAGUGGGCCACUUCAGUAAGGAGUGCCCCGGGAAGCCAAGGGGGCUGGCAGGGGGGGCGCCAGACCGCAGCUCCUACGCCGCAGAUGAGGAGGCCAAGCCAGACGCGUGGGAGGAGAUAGAGGACAUCUUGGCGGCCUGGGACUACUGGAGGCUGCACGAGCACCAGACGGAGGACCACUUCAAGCGUCUCAGUGAGGAGAUCGAGGGCGACGACGAGCAGUUGGAGGCGCUCCUGGUGCACUCGCCAGGAUCGGGCGAGACGCUGGAGAAGCACCAGAGGGCGACAGGUCCACCGCUGGAGCUCGCGAAGGACCACCAGGCGGUGGCUUUCAAGGGGUUCAGCGGUGAGGAGCAGCACUCCAUCGGGAUCUGCACCAUCCCGUGGACCAUCGGCUAG